AUGCCCACAGCUUCCAGCAGCAAAGCCAACCGAACGCGCAAGUCUUCCUCAAUCAACAGCCGCUCCUCGAUCGCGCCCCAGAAGACCGAGGUCAUCAUCAACGUCUACGACCUACUACCCGUACAGCUCCCAAGAAAGUCGCGCAUACCGGUAGAAGACAAUGGCUGACAUGGAUACCAGCCUGGUCGACUCUCUUCGAUCCUCUGGACCGUCGGCGGUAGCCUCCUACACUCCGGCGUCGUCGUCAAUGGCAAGGAAUACGCAUACGGCGGACACAACAGGCGCGGUCUCACGGGCGUGUACUGGACAAAGCCCAGGUUCGAGCCUCCUGGGGGCACCUUCCGAGCAGGUCUCCUCCAAGGAUUCUCCUUUCGAACGGAGCAAGAGAUCAACGAAACGAUAAAAGAAGUAAAUGCCAACCUACACUACUGAUAACGCGCGAACGAUGAAUGCUGAUACUGCUGCAACGUUGUCAAGGUAUCCGACGAAUUCCUCGGACCUUCGUAUCAUCUCCUCACCCACAACUGCAACCACUUCACCUCCGCCCUCUGCGAACGCCUAACCUCCAAACCGGCGCCGGCCUGGCUCAAUCGCGCUGCCAGUGUCGGCCUCGCACUACCCUGUAUGGUCCCCAGGGAAUGGAUAUCACCCCCAGACGCCGAGACAGCGGACGGUGAGCUACUAGAGGAAGAGGACGACGAUGAUGACGCAGACGAGAAUGUGGGCAUGCUGGAAUCCCAACGGCGACAAAAGAGAGCAGAAGAUCGAAGACGGCAACAUGACGAUGAUGUGGGAGAAGGAGCGAGCCAGCAAGCAAACAGUCUUGCAGGCGGCAAGCGGAUAAUGUCUACAGAUGAUACCCCUCCUCCGCGGUUGGUGAGUGUUAAAGAUAGUGGAGGACGAGAACUGCCAGUAGCAGAGCGGGCUCCUAUACCCAAUAAGAGAUGA